CGAUAGCAGGUUGUUGCCAUAGAAACAGCGUGUGAAUGUCAAAACCCCUGCACGCGCUCAUAUCUCUCAAGUCCACAGCAACGGAAGCGCGCGGGCUGGUCCAAGAGUCAUCAAGGGCAACACACAUAAAAGCGGGUCAGUAUGGCCGAUGACAUGUCCGCUCCUCUGCUCUCAGACUCUGAAUCCUCUGCUGACGCUCAGACCACAUGCCCCUCCAGCCCGACAGCGGUCAUACUCGGGUCCGGAGACUUCUCUCGGUCUCUGGCUAUGCGGCUGGUGGGUUGUGGCGUUCCAGUGAUUGUUGGGACCCGAUGUGUGAAUCGCAUCCCAUCGGGUCUGUUUCCGGAUGCGGUGGAGCUGAAGAGCCAGGAGGAGGCAGCAUCACAGGUGGAUUGUGUGUUGUUCAUGGCUUUGUUCCCUGAGCACUACUCCUCUCUGCUGGGGCUACGGUCCACACUGGUCGGGAAAGUGCUGGUGGAUGUCAGUAACGCAGCGGAGACGAACACCCGUGGGCCAUCCAAUGCGGAGCGACUGGCCGAGCUGUUUCCAGACAGUCUGGUGGUCAAAGGUUUUAACACGGUUUCAGCCUGGGACCUGCAGACCGGGGCACAUGACGGGAGCAAACAGGUCUCGAUAUGCAGUGACAGCGCAAAUGCAAAGAGGAAAGUUCUGCAGUUGGCACAGCACAUGGGCUUCCAUCCCGUGGAUAUGGGCGGCCUGUCAGCCUCUCGAGAAAUUGAGGUAGCUCCGUUGCGCCUAUUCCCGUCUUGGAGUGGGCCGAUCCUUGUCACAUUUCUUCUGUUCUUCUUCUUCUACGGUUACGGUUUCCUGCGGGAAGUUCUGCUGCCGUUUCUUGCUCAAGGACACAACGUAUUCUACCGUCUUGCUCUUGAUGUGGUGAACGAGAGUUUGCCGGCGGUCGCUUUGGUGACCUUAGCGCUCGUAUACUUGCCGGGUUUGUUUGCCGCAUCGUUGCAGCUUUGGAGGGGCACCAAGUAUCGCCGCUUCCCGUCUUGGUUGGACAAGUGGAUGCAGUGCCGGAAGGAGCUGGGUCUGUUGAGCUUCUUGUGUGCAGCGUUACAUGGCGUCUUCAGUAUCUGUGGGCCACUGCGGCGAGUUACACAACACAAGUCCAUCAAUGCUGCCUACAAACAGGUUGAGGCUGGGGUUGAGGAACCCUGGGAUGAGGUGGGAGUUUGGCGUUCUGAUCUCUACCUCUCGUGUGGAGUGUUGGGUCUAGGUGUCCUUUCUCUACUGGCCAUCACAUCCCUUCCCUCGGUAGGCAACAGCCUUAACUGGAGAGAGUUUACCUUUGUACAGUCUGGUUUGGGAUACUUGGCCCUGACGCUGUCUAUCAUGCACACACUCUUCUUUGGCUGGGAUUUUGCAUUCCAGGCCAAGGCCUAUUCAUUCUACAUGCCACCGAGCUACGUAGUCGCUGCAGCUCUGCCGUGUGCUGUCCUGGUAUGCCGCUGUUUCCUGCUGCUCCCCUUCAUCUCCAACAGAUUGGCACGAUUACGCCGUGGAUGGGAAAGCAGACACAACUGUCCUGUUUUACAGCGCCACCCUGUGGUUGCUAAUGGAGUAUCGCAGCAAGUUUGAGAAUGACAGGCGUUUGAUUUUAAAGCAACACUUCACCCAAACAUGACAUUUUUUUGUCAUCAUGUACUCUCCUUCCUUUGAUUUUGUGUAAACACAGAGACCUGAGCUUUGCUCACAUGUUUACAGUACCUCAAGAUUUGCUCUUAAUGUUUUUUAUUGAUGACACAAACAUACUUUUAUAUAACGUUCACACAUUUUUUUAAUGAAUUUUCCUAUGGGCUCACAGAAGUAAGGUCAAUACCACACUGAAGUA